CGUGCCUGCGGUGGAUUUGGCAUUUUUAACACAACAAGUUUAACGCAGCCAGCAGUAACAUCCAGCUGAAUUUUGAGGUGAUUUGGUGUUAAAAAUGACGAAACUGUUAGAAUGGUUGGUCGCAGCUGCCUGCUUUCUAAGUGUUUACGUUGCUAUCAUCCUGCGGCAAGUGAAACACGAAGUAUUAGAGCAAUACAUGUUCGAAAUACAACUUUCGCCUUUAUUCCUGCUGGUUUUGUUCGGGGUAUAUUCCGCAACAGUCGUCUUAUACCGGACUUUCACCUUCAACAACUGCGAAGAAGCCGCGAAGGAGUUGAUGCAGCAAAUCAAAGAAGCUAAAGCAGAUUUGCGAAGCAAAGGUCUUGUGAUAAGCGACUAGGAGUCGAGUGUUAUUUGAUCAAAUGUGUAAAUAUGCAACAGUUUAUAUAGCGAUCGAAUACAUAACUUGAUCGAUGUUUUAAAUAAAUCUAUGUUGAUUGUA